GUGGCUCGGCGAGCAGCGAGCUCGGGGCAGCGGAGGGGCCGCGAGGAGAGUCCCCGAGGGCGGCCGCCGGCAGCGGGGAGUCCCCGGUGCUGUCGGGGCCACCGUCGGCGGGUGGCGGCGAUGGGCAGCUUGAGGGGGCCCGGUGGGGCCGCCGUGCGUGCGGUGCUGUCGGUGGCCGCCGGGCUGCUGGCGUGCGGCGUGGCCAGCGAGUACGACUAUGUCAGCUACCAGUCAGACCUGGGCCCUUACCCUGGCGGGCGCUUCUACGCCAAACCCCACCAGUGCGUGGCCAUCCCCCCCGACCUGCGGCUGUGCCACAGCGUGGGCUACGACAAGAUGGUGCUGCCCAACCUGCUGGACCACGAGACCAUGGCCGAGGUGAAGCACCAGGCGAGCAGCUGGGUGCCACUGCUCAACAAGAAUUGCCAUAUGGGCACCCAGGUCUUCCUCUGCUCCCUGUUUGCCCCUGUCUGCCUGGACCGGCCGGUCUACCCGUGCCGCUGGCUCUGCGAGGCCGUGCGUGACUCCUGCGAGCCUGUCAUGCAGUUCUUUGGCUUCUUCUGGCCAGAGAUGCUCAAGUGUGACCAGUUUCCCCAGGAUGACGUCUGCAUUGCUAUGACAGCUCCCAAUGCCACCGAGGUCUCCAGGCCCAAAGGAACCACCGUGUGUCCCCCUUGUGACAAUGAGAUGAAGUCAGAGGCCAUCGUGGAGCACCUGUGUGCCAGCGAGUUUGCUCUGAAGAUGACCAUAAAGGAAGUGAAGAAGGAGAACGGGGACAAGAUGAUCAUUCCACGGAAGAGGAAGGCGCUGAAGCUGGGGCCCAUCCGCAAGAAGAACCUGAAGAAGCUGGUGCUGUUCCUAAAGAAUGGGGCAGACUGUCCCUGCCACCAGCUGGACAACCUCAGCCACUACUUCCUCAUCAUGGGCCGCCAGGUGAAGACCCAGUACCUGCUGACAGCCAUCUACAAGUGGGACAAGAAGAACAAAGAGUUCAAGAAGUUCAUGAAGAAGAUGAAAUCGCCCGACUGCCCCACGUUCCCGUCCGUGUUCAAGUGAUGCCCUGGCUGCAGGAGGGAGGGAGAGCCCCUCCCUGGACCUGCCCAGGUGGGCACAGCGGCUCCAUCUCGCUGCUCUGCUGCAGGGAUGCUGGAGCCCAGCCCUCCUGCUCCUCCAUCCUGCUCCUCACAGCUCCCUCAGCCCUUCCAAAGCUUGGCCUGAUGGCCUGGGCACGUGCUGCAAGCAGUGGCUGAGCUCACACACCAUUUCUGACUGCAUUGGUAAAGACCUGUUAUUGUACAGAUAUUGCAAUAGCAGCUGUCAGGUGAAGAGGGCGAGCAGAGGGCUGGGAGGUGAUGUUAAGAGCUUGCAUGCUUGCAGAAAGGACCCUCAUGGACCACAUCACUCCCAUCUUCAUGGCUGCAGGAUUGCCCUGAAUUCCUGUAGGAACCAGAGCUGGCUGAUUAGACAGAGAUCCUAUCUUCAUGAUCAAAGUUAAUAAAUGAGUAGUGGAGAACCCAUUACAACCUCUGAUAAGAAUUCCUAAUAGCUAAUUGCCCUCACUGUAAAAACAUCCCCAUUAUAGUCUUAACCUGUUUAGUUUAAGCCUUACCCCUGGUUCCUUGUGGUGCCUUGUUGGGCUGGAGCCCUCCCUCACCAGCAUCUCUUGUGAUGUCCCCCUGGGUGCCUGCCUUGGCAUCUGCUGUGCCAGCUGAGCCCCUGGCAGCCUUUGAGCCCCCUCACUGUGCAGUGUGUUGGUGCACUGGCAUGGGGAGCAGGGGCAGAGGGGGCUCUGUGCCUCCACCUGUGCCUUUGGCCUUGAGCAGGCCCCAUCUCAGCAGUGACCAGCUGAGAUCCCCCUGCCUGGGCUGAGAGAGAUCUUCCUGGGCUGAGAUCCCUUCCUGGGCUGAUUCCCCACCUGGCCUGAGAGAAAUCCCCAUCCUGGGCUGAGAGAGUUCCCCUACGUGGGCUGAGAUCCCUUUCCUGGGCUGAGAUCCCUUUCCUGGGCUGAGAUCUCUUCCUGGGCUGAGAUCCCCUAGCUGGGCUGAGAGAAAUCCCCUUCCUGGGCUGGGAUCCCCUGCCUGGGCUGAGAUCCCCAUCAUGGACUGAGCUCCCCUUCUUGGGCUGAGAUUCCCCUUCCUUGGCUGAGAGAGAUCCCCAUCCUGGGCUGAUUCCCCACCUGGGCUGAGAUCCCCAUCCUGGGCUCAGAUCUCCUUGCUGGGCUGAGAUCCCCCUUCCUGGGCUGAGAGAGAUUCCCCUCCUGGACUGAGCUCUCCUUCCUGGGCUGGGAUCCCCUCCUGGCUGUGGCAUUUCCCCUGCACAGCUGAGUUCCCCUGAGCUGCUGCUGCCCAGACCUGUCACUCCAUUUCAAGCCCAAGCAAAGGUUCAGUUUCUGCCCUGCCUGAGGCUUUGGCUGGGGGGAGCUCAUGGCCAGCUCCUCCAGCUUGUGAUACUCCUCACUUUAUACCAGUGAUGUUUUUAUAGCUCCUUUAGGCUGCUGGCAAAGUACCAGAGAGCACAAGGCCAAGGACUUUUCCCUAUGGAGCCCCACAGGGAAUGUAUCAUCCCCAUCUCCCCCCUUUGCUGUGGGACCCCAGUCUGGGGUUUUGUCUGUUUGAUCUGUGACAACUUGGCUCUCUAUCAUUAUGUCUUUUGUGCCCUAAUUGAAAUGUCAUGUUUGUAUGAUUUCAAAUAGUUUAUGAAAGACAAAGAAUAUCUUACCCAAAUGAUUACAUUUAUCGACCAAGCUGAAAUUCAUUAUUCUGUUAAUUGGACUGGUUCUCUUUUUCAUAGACCCAUACCACUCUGUAUUCAUUAUCCUUCCUCCUUCCAUUUAGUAUUCUCAUCCAUCACCAAUACUCUGGGAGAAUGCAUAUCUGAUGUCUGAGAUAAUCCUGUUGUAUCACAGUUAAGUGAAAUAACAAAUCCUCAUUUUUGAGGUUUGAACCAAACCCCCUCAAAACUGGUAAAUUAAUUAUUCCUUAGCCUGGGAUUGGUGCUUAUUUCCCACAUGGGGACAGAGCCAUGGACUUGGUUGUAGAAGAAUUCCAUUGACAAGCCAAGUACUCUGAGGAAUGAUGUUUCACAGCUAACAGAGAGAUGGAUUUAGGAUGUGAACUUUAUGUAGAGUCCCCUUAGGUUGUCUUAGACCACCAUUUGUAGUAGUGUUGUUUCUUUAUUGCAAAAUUAAUCAUUGUAGAUAAUGUGCUUUAUUAGUGAAGUAAAGAAAUAAAUAAACCAUGGCCUUUAACAUCA